AAGAUAAUAAAAAUCAUUAUUAUUUAAAUUAGUAAGCUUAACAAUAAUUAUUAAUAAACAAAAUUCACAUUGUCGUGAUGAAUGUUUUCAUGUGUAUAAUAACGCGUAACAAUAAAUAAUAAUUAUUAAAAUAAUAUAUAAUAUAAAUAAUUGACAAAAAAAAAAAGUAUAUAUAUAUUUAUAUAUAUAUAAAUUUGAAUAAAAUAAAAAACCAUCAGUUUAAAAAUUAAAAUCAUAAAAUAUGGUGUUUAUUAAAUGUGUAAUCAACGACUACGACUGAGACCCCAAAUACUACGAAUUACGAACGACUAGCUUAAACUCUCUAGUAAAGUAUUAAGUGUGGUACUUCCGUAGUGGUUGUCACCUUUUUAAAACACUGAUUGCGUGCGGUGAUCAUUACACAUUAAAAGAGACCCCGGCCAAACGUCUCACUCUAUAUUUGGCCAGUCCUGAUGUCCAACAUAUUGCAUAUCUUGUCCAUACAUAUUAACAAUUUAUCAUAUUGUCGCCGAUGCGUUUAGUCUACAACGACAGUUACGUGUACAUGAAUGGGGACAUCGGGAAGCUCCCACCAGGGGCGGUUUACUCAGCCACCCCUGAAUCCUUGGGUUCUGUCAGGGGUACAGUCGUUACAAAUACCUCGAGUUUAGAUUACAGUGUCAUGAACGGAGGAUCAGUAACUGGUGAACUGAUGCUUAACCCAGCCACCAUGGGUGCUGUUGAGCCUUCAUCUCAACAUUCAACGACAGGAUUAGGUGGUACUCUCGGUGCUGCUGUUACUGCUGCUGUUACUGCUGCUGAUGGUGCUGAUACUACGAGUAGUACUAGUAGCAGUGGUGGUGGUACUACUGGUGGUACUGCUGGUGGUGGUGGGUGUAUUCCGUCUAUUUCUACUACUGCUACAGCUGUUGCUGGUGCUCUAGGCGUCGGGGUUAAUGUUGGUUAUACUCCUGUUCAAGUUGCUCCUCUAGAUGUUCAAAUAUCAUCAGGAUUAAUGACAGAUUUACCAACAUCUGGUAUUCCACUAGAUCAACUUAAACAAAUGCUUUCAUCACAACUUGAAUAUUAUUUUUCUAGAGAAAAUUUAGCAAAUGAUACAUAUUUAUUAUCACAAAUGGAUAAUGAUCAAUAUGUACCUAUAUGGACGGUUGCUAAUUUCAAUCAAGUUAAAAAAUUAACGAAAGAUAUUAAAUUGAUAACUCAAGUGUUGCGUGAAUCGCCAAAUGUACAAGUCGAUGAGGAAGGACAAAAAGUUCGACCUAAUCAUAAACGUUGUAUAGUUAUUUUACGUGAAAUUCCAGACAAUACGCCACUGGAAGAAGUUAAAAAUUUGUUUUCGGGAGAAGGAUGCCCAAAACUUAUAUCAUGUGAGUUUGCACACAAUAGCUCGUGGUAUGUUACUUUUGAAUCUGAUGAGGAUGCCCAAAAAGCCUACAGGUUUUUACGUGAAGAAGUUAGAGAAUUUCAGGGAAAGCCUAUAAUGGCACGCAUAAAAGCUAAACCAAUGAAUAGGCUACCAAUUCCCACGGUGGCUGGAGUUAGUGGAAUUAAAAAUGGCUUCCGAACUCCACCACCACCACCACCAGUUUUUGAUCCAAGUAGUUAUCCACCUGGUCAACAACGCUUCCUAUACACAAAUGGUACUACCAUCCCACAAACUACGAUACCGCCAUACCCUAAUCAAAUACAGGUCUACCAUCAACCAUUUUAUACCCCGUCGAUGAUGCACUGGGGUCCAGCAAGUCCGGCUUAUUUUGACAUGACCAGUGUAUUUACAAUGAAUGGAAUGACACCGCACAAUUCAUUUAAACCUCACACAAGAUUUAAUCCGCGAAAUAGAAAUAAACAUAGAAAUGGAUCUGAUAGAGGUGCUCCGAUGGAUAGUGGUAUGAUACACAUGGGUCGUUUAAAUCAUCCACCAAAAUCAAACUCCAGUAGUAUGCAUAACAACAACAACAACAAUAAUAAUAAUAAUAAUAAUAAUAAUACCAACAACAACAAUAACACUAAUAAUAGUAAUGGAAAUCCAAUGUUAACGACGACAAUAACAACAAUAGCUGCUGCUACAGCAGCAACAACAACAGCAGCAACAACAACAACGACAACAACAGCAACAUCAACAUUACCAGUUUUAACGUCCAACUAUUCAGCAUCUUCAAAAUCAACAUCUUACCAUCAUCAUCAUCAUCCGCUUCAACAACAACAACAACAACAACAACAACAACAACAACAACAACAACAACAUCACCAACAAUCAAGUGGCACAAAAUUCCAUUCAUCAUCAUCAUCGUCAUCAUCGUCGUCAUCAUCAUUAUCAUCACAUAAUCUGUCAACAUCGGGUGUUGGUGGUGAUAGUAGCCACUAUUCUGGUAGUAAUAUUGCCAAAGUGACGUUGCAUGAUAAUGACUCGUCAUAUCAUCAUCAUCAUCACCAUCAUAAUUAUCAUCACCAUCAUCAUCAUCAUCAUCAUCCUACUGAUGGUUCAAGUAGUGAUCGAGGUGGUGGUGGGGAUCGUGAUAACAGAGGAAGUAGUGGUGGUGGUAAUGGUAAUGGUAAUAAUAGUAGCAGUGGAGAUCGUGAUAAUAGAGGAGAUCGUGAUCGAGAAAGAGGUGGAGGUAGUUUACAAUAUUCACGCCAUCGUAUCCACCGCAGAACCAAAGAUCAAGACGGUUUUAUAUCGAAAAGUAAUAAUAAUACAUUGCCAUCAAUACGUGAGGGUAAUCAUUCUGGUGCUACUAGUGUUGGUACCAGUGGAAGUGGAGGCGGAGGUGGAGGUGGUUCUGGUUCUGGUUCUGGUUCUGGAGUUGAUAAAAUUGAUAGAGGUGAUAGAAAUGAAAGAAGUGGAUUUAGUGGUAAUAGUGGUAAUAAUAUUACUACUACGACAUCUAAUAAUAAUAAUAAUAAUAAUCAUCAUCAUCAUCACCAUCACCAUAACAACAACAACAAUAUUAAUAAUAAUAAUAACAACAACAAUAAUAAUAAUAAUAAUAAUAACAACAACAAUGGCAGCACCAAUAGUAAUAAUAAUAAUAAUAAUAAUAAUACGCAUAUAACAUUAUCAUCAUCGUCAUCGUUAUCGUACAACAAUCGUAGCGUUGUACAAUUUGAUUUGGAAGCUACUGCAUUUCCACCAUUACCUGGUUUAGAUUCUGAUUUGAUAAAAUCACACAGUACAACGAGCGAGUUAAGUACAGUGAUUGAUCAUAGUAGCAGUGGUAGUAAUAGUGGCGGUGGUGGUAAUAAUAAUAUUAACAAUAAUAAUAAUAAUAGUAAUAUCGGUUGUGUUGCUGUAGGUGGUGGUGUUGCUGCUGGUAGUGGUGGUGGUGGUGUUGGUAGUAAAAAUAAUAAUAAUAAUAAUAACAAUAAUAAUAAUUGUAGUAAUAGCAGUAAUAGUAAUACUAGUGGUGGUAGUAUUGUUGUUGUUGGUUUACAAUCACAAAAUAGGCUGUCAGAUGUUGUUAAAGGUACAGCUAAAAUAAAAAGCACAAAAGAUAUGAUGAUGUUUAUAUCUAAGGAUCAUACUGGUCCGACAUCAUUAUCGUUGUCGUCAUCGUCGUCAUUAACAUCAUCAACAUCAUCAACGUCAACGUCAUCGUCCUCGUUGUCGUUACCCACUAUGACAACUACUGUAAAUCAAUUAAAUAACAGAUCAACUAGUCCAGGUUCAAUAACUAGUGGAGCUGCUGGUACAGCUGCUGGUGUUCCUGUUGCUGGUAUUGCUACUACUGCAACUACUGCUGCUACUGCUACUGCUACUAUUCCUGCUUCUACUGUUAUACCUGGUCAUUUAAUGGGCAACACUACAGUUGCUAAUAUAGUUAUAACUGCAAGUGGAUUAAUUACAUCAAGUAGUAAUAUUGUUACUGGUGGUACAAGUAGUGUCGCUACAGACAUUAUAUUCAGCACUGUCACCCUCACUCCCCCGUCAUCACCUGAUAAAUCUAUUAAGACUGAUGACACAAACAUGAUGGUGAACGGUAUGGAUGAGGCCAUAAGUACAAAAACGCAUGCUGCUGAAAAGUCUGAGCCAGUAAUGAGGUGCAAUUGUAACAUCCCUAAUAUCCCACAGAAUCCUCCUCAGUCACAAACAGGAGUGGCCUCAGCCUAUCCUUUAGACUUGAACAGGCCAAGCUAUGCCCAAGUAGCUCAACAUUGUCGCGAGCAACCUUGUACAAAACACAAAAUUGAUGAAAAAGAUACAAUUGAAUAAGCCAACAUGCAUUACUGCUAUCGGUGAAAAAAAAUUUAAUAUUUUGCAGUCAUCAUUUUUUUAUUUAUUUAUUAUUUUUUUUUUUUUUUUUUUUUUUAUCAAUUGAAAGAAAAUUAAUAAUAAUAAAGAAAAAAAUAUAAUGAAAAAUAAGGACGCUCGAUUGAUGCUGCUUGUAUUGUCAAAAGUGAUUUAUAACCAGGUUGUACAAGCGGCUGCGAGAAAAAAAAUAACUUUUUACACUGUACAGUAACUUUUCCUAUUAUUAUGAUUAUUAUUAUUAUUAUUAUUUUCACUUAUUAUAAUUAUUUGUUAAUAUUGAAUUAAAAUCAAAACAUAUUAUUAAAAAGUAAUUAUAAAAAUAUUGGAAAACGUAAAGUAAAGUAAAGAAUGAUAAAGAAUUUGCUUGAAUUUUUUAAGGAAAAUAGAAUAUGACAAUGAAAUGAAAAUAAUUGCGAUUGCUGAUGAUAUAAUUCAUUGAUUUAAUACUAAAAUUAAGUUCUGCGAUUCUGGUAGUACAUAUUUGUUAAUUUUUAAUAACAAAUUAAAUGAAAAACUAAUUUAAUAUUAAUAUCAACAUUAAUAAAAUAAGCUAUUAAUCAUUAAUACGAUUAUCUUCGUCCUUCCCAUUACGGUUAUAAUUAAACAAAUAAUCGAAAAACUAGAAGUAUCUUUGGGAGAAAAAUAAAAUUUUUAAUAAUAAUAAUAAUAACAAUAAUAAUAAUAACAUUUUUAUUUAGCUUUGUGCCAAAAUCCAAAAUUACCAGGACACAGUGUAUAAUCUUAAGCAACGAAUGUGUUUAUUUAAACAAUAAAUAUAAACUAUUUAAAAUUUUUGAUGAAAAAAUCUAAGUUAAGAAGAAAAGAAAAUGAGAAUGACAGGAAAAAGAAAAAGCGAACGGAAAACAAUCAACGAAAUUUUAUUCAAAUAUCUAGUAUUUUUUCGUGUUAAUAAUUUUGGUUAAUAUAAUUUAAUUUAAGUGUGAGUAAUCAUUUCUUAUUUAAUUAUUCAUAUUAUUAUUAUUGUUAUUAUUAUUAUUAUUAUUAUUUACCAUUUUUUUUUUCUUUCACUUAACAUUAAAAACAAAAAAUACAAUCCCUCAUACUUAUUAAAUUAUAUUACGUUCUUUUCUUCUUAUGUUUGAUUGUAUGACAUUUUUUUUCUUGUUUUGUUCAUUAACCCGUCAGCACUUGCGUGAUUUUUAGGGUCUCGCUUCCGCGACAGCGAAAUCCUAUAAGUUGAAUGUGUCCUGUGAGCAAAAUGUUCACAACGGGAGUGCUGACGGGUUAACAGUUAAAAUAUUUAAUUUUGAUUUCAUUUUUUUUUUUUUUUUCAAAAACACAUUUAUUAGAAUUAUAUGUAAAGAUUCGAAUUAAUAAGCAUAAAGAAAAGCAAAUAUUAAUUAUGAAAUAUGAAAUAAACAAUUGUUUUUAUUUUAAACGUCAUCAUAUAUUAAUAUUUACGAGAAGUAAUGGUACCAAUGACUUCCAUAAUAUUUAUAGAUGCUGGAUAGUUGAUAUAAAAAUAUUUAUAAUCAUAAGUAAACAUUUUUAUGGAUAUUUAUUAUAAUUUGGUUCAUAAAUUUUAUAAUUAAAGUAUCUAUUGUGACAAAUGAAUAUGUAUUGUUUACAUAGUGAGCAAAUAUUGAUUAAGAUAACUUUUUUUUUUAAUAAUAAAAAUUAGUUUUUUAAACAAAUUUUAGGUGAUAAUGAAUAAUAGAAAAAAAUUUAAUAAUAUCUUUAAAAAUGAUUGUUUUUUUUCCACUUUUUAAAACACAUUAUCAAGUUUUAUAAUUACUUUAUAAAGUUAUUUUGUCAUAUUAUGACUUGCUUGUUACGUGAAUUGCAUUAAAUAAAACAUAGUAUAGAUUUUUUUUUUAUAUUUAUUUUAGAAUACAAAAAAAGAAAUGAUAUUCAAUUGUUAAAUUAACAAAUAAUGAUAAGAAGGUAUGGAGAAAAAAAAGUAAAGAUAAUAAUGAUAUAAUAAUAAUAAUAAUAAUAAUAAUAAUAUUAAUAUUAAUAAGGAGAGAUAAAGUUUAGUAAUUAUGCUUUGGCAAAGAAUGUAAUGUAAGACAAUGUCGAUACGGUUUACGGUUUAUUUGAGCACACAAUUAAGUGCCUCAAGUGUUAAUGUAUAUUAUAGAAGCUUGGCUUUAGGUGUUACUAUAUGAUUAUUAUAUGUAAACUACAUAUUAAAUUUAAAUCUUAAGAUUAGUACAUAAUUAAGUAAGGGUUGAAUAAAAAGUGCGCAUAUGAUAUAUUUGUUACAGAUAUGCGUGCAGAAUUGAACUAUAAAUACGAAUAAUAUAACAACAAUAAUAAAAAUAAUAAUAAUGAUAAUAAUAAUAAUAACAACAAUGAAAGAUAUUUGAAAUGAAAAAAAAAAUAUAUAUAUAUAUAUAUAUAUAUAUAUAUAUAUAUAUAUAUAUAUAUAUAAUAACAAUUAAGAUAAAUAAAUUAGUUGCUAUUGAUAAUUGAUAUAAUGAAUAUUUUGAGUUGAAUGCUGCGUUGUUUUUUAUAUUCGAAAUUAAUUGAUAUAUAUUAUCAUGUAAUCACUUAUACUAAAAGUAAUAAAUGAAGAUAAUGAUAAUGUGUUAUUAAAAGUGAAAAGAAUUGUCAAGAUACUAAAAUAAUUUAUUAUAUAUCUGACUAACGAGUGAAAACUAUAUAUACGUGCCUACCUUGCAAACUCAUCUCGCUAUUAUAAAAAUACAAAGUUACCGAAUUACGUGUUGAUUGUAAAAAAAUUUAAAAAAAUUAAAAAAAAAGACACAAUAACCACAACAUAAAUGACAAAAAAAUAAAAUAAAGUAGAAAAACAUAAAAAUAAAUUGAUAGAUUAAAGAAAAAUUAACAAAAGGAUAAGUUUGUAAUAUAAAUUUAUUGUAUUAACGUAGAUAAUAAUUAAAUGUUGUGAAGGCAUUUAAUCCCAGUAAGUUUCAUAAUGAUAGUGAGAAAAAAUUUUUAGAUAUUAUCAUACAUACAUAAUGAUAAUCAUAAUAAUAAUAAUAAUAAUAAUAAUAAUAAUAAUAAUAAUAAUAAUAAUAGCAGCUAUUAAUAUUAAUAUUAUAAACAAUUAAAUAAUCAGGUAUAGUAUAAAAACAAAAAAAAAACAAUAAAUUGACGUUUGAAAAAAAUUUUGUCCAGUGCAUGACUUAUUAUUAUAAUCAAUGUUAUUCAUUGUAAACGAUCAUAUGUGUGAUUAUUACUUAAAUUUUGUUUAUUGAUUAAUGAAAUUACUAAUAUUACUAGCGCUGUAUGAUAGUAUUUAAUUGUUUUUUCUCUUAUGAAGAUACCAUAUAAAAUUUUAAAAGUUGUAAACUAAUAAAUAUCACUACGUUACUUUUACAUAAUAUAACCACUAGUUGGGGAGUGGAAUAAACAAUAUAUGAGUAAUCGCUUUAGUGUUGUAGUUUAAUGAUAAAAGAUGUACGUCUUUCUUUUUUGUGCUAUUAUUUUUAUUAUUAUUAUUAUUAUUAUUAUCAUUAUUAUUAUUAUUUUUUUUUUUAUUUAAGAAAAAAAAUACUUGUAAAAAUUUCGAACAAACAAUUUUUUGAUCUUAAUAAAUAAUAAAAAAAAAACGAAAAUAAUUCAAGUUAUUGUAAUUAUUAUUAAUAUUAUUAUUUAUCAAUAAUCAACAUUAAUAAUAAGUAAAUAUAUUAACGUGAGCUAAGUAAAAAUAUGAUGAAUAUAAUUACUGACGACGAUAAUGCCUUGAAUCUGAGACGAUUAAUUAUCAACUCAAUUAUUUAUUUAUAUAUAUAUAUAUACAUAUAUAUAUAUAUAUAUAUGUAUACUAUAUAUAUAAGUAACCAAAUAAACUUCCACAAUCUUUAAAAUACUUUCCAUUAUAAAUAUGUAUAAUAAUAAUAAUCAACAAAAAUAAAUCUACCAUAAUAACAAUAUUUAAAAAAAUACAGUUUAAAUAAAUUAUUGAUUAAGGCCAUCUAUUAUUCAUAAUAUUGUAAUAAUAAUAAACGUCUUCUUAAAAAUAGACCCGACAAGACGUUUUGUCUAUAAGUAAAAUAAGAAUGAAAAUAAUCGUACUGAAUAUUAUUAAUGAAUAAAAAAAUUGCAAAAAAAAAAAAAAAAAAAAAAAACAAACGUUAAAAUGUUCUUAACUUAAUAUUGUCCAUAUUGCAGUUAUAAUGAUCCGAUCGAUGAAAUGAAAUAAAAUAAUAAACGGUUUUUCACGAGUUAUGAAACUAUCCAAAACGCACGUUUUCAAAGUAUCAACUGAAACAAUUUAUUUAUCGUAAAUAUUUAAUUUAAUUACUAAUAAUAGUAAUAAUAAAUACUGUUUUAAUCACAAUAGAGAUAGAAAAAACAAUAGAUACAUAGUAUAAAACAAAUAAGUUUAUUAAUUGAAUAAUUACAACAAUAUGCUCUCAGUUUUACAGGCCAUGGUUCUGGUUUAGAAGGAACUGGCCUAGAAAGUCUGAAAUAUAUGUAUAUUAUAUUUAAUAUAUUAAUAUAGUAGAUAUUUGAAUAAUUAAUAAAUUGCGUGUAAAGUAACAAACCUCGUAACGAAAAAAAAAAUACAAUAAAUAAAUAACAAAUAUAAAAAAAAA